UUGUACAAUUGUAUCCCAAAAAAUAUAUGUAUUUUUAGUAGUCAGCUGUCUCAAGUAAACAGCCGUCUGCACGUUAGAAUCAAAAUUUCGUCUAACGCUAAAUUUUGAUAAAUUUAAAGUACAUUUAUGAGACGUAAAUAUUUUUUAAUGAAUUAUUAUUUUUUAAAUUUAUUUUUUUUAGAAAAUUAAAAAAAAUUUUAUUUUGAAUGUUCACACUCCAUUUCUCCGUUUCUGUCCCUUUCCCCAUAUUUGACGACCAAUUUGUUUUUGUGACUGGUUCCCAUGAAAGCCUUGGAUCUUGGGAUACUCGUAGAGCUUUGCGUUUGGAAAAAGAUGAUGAAAACCAUUGGACUGGUAUAACAAAUUUGAGCGUGGAUACAGUCAAAUUCCGUUAUUUUAUUGGCAAUUAUUUGCAGUCGGAUGCGACAAAGGACCCAGUACUGGUUAUUUCUAAAUGGGAAGCGCAUUUUACACCUCGGUGUGUAAUGCCACCAGUUGAAGCAAGCAAAAGUGGCGUUUGCCGUGCCAAUCUACGCGAUGUUUUUGGGUACAAUUCGGGGAGUGAACAAAUAAGUGACAGCUUUGUUUUGGGGGAUGAUGUUCAUCAUAUUGCUUUAACUGUUUCUGGUGCUGCUCUAAAAUUUUAUAAGAAAAAGCAUGAGCUACAAAAUUAUCGGGUCAAAAUUGUGCCUUUUGACCUCAGGAAUAAAUUUGACAUGACCAACCUCGACGACGAUGAAGAACUCAAUGCUGAAGAUGAAACUCCGUUGCCGUCAUUGCCUAGCCAUUCCUGCACAGAGAUUGCCGCAUUGACACAAGCCUGCCCAAAAUUUAAAGCUCAGCAAGAGUUUGGCGAACUUUUUCAAAAUUCUAUCGACUACCACACUUUUCGCACUUACUCUGUUGCUGUCGAAUUUUUGAGUUUUCGUAUCGAAGUUUACUCCAACCAAAACAACGAUUUGAUAGCUCAGGGAUAUGCUUUGCCUUCCUCCCUUCACGAUACUUAUGGGAAGACUUCUGUUCCUUUGCUCACAAAACGAGGGGUGCCUACUGGGAAGAUUUACUUCAGUUAUCUGUUUAUUCGGCCUAUCCGUUUACCACAUCCACGCCCUAUCAUGCACAAUUGCUAUGCAAAGUAUUGGAAGAAACGAGUAACCUUGGAAGUUGGACAUCGAGGAAUGGGCGAAUCCUAUACAAAGUUCGCCGUCGCCCGCGAAAACACACUUCAUUCGCUCAAUUCAGCAGCCAAAAGGGGUGCAGAUUUUGUAGAAUUUGAUGUUCAUUUAACCAAAGAUUUAAUCCCUAUUGUAUAUCACGAUUUUCACGUAAUGGUUUCUGUCGCCAAAAAACGAACAAAUACAGAAAGCAGCAAUAGUAGUAGUAUAGAUUCUGAUGGGAGAAUUAAAAGCAAUAAUGGGUCUGUUUCUCCCCCUAAUUCUACAACAACAACGAAUUCACCUUCUGUGGAUUUUUAUCAAUUGGCAGUUAAAGAUUUAAAUUUGAAUCAGUUGAGACUGUUACAUCUUGAUCAUGUUAAACAUAAAGAGUCGAGCAAUGUUGACCAAACAAUGAAUGGCGCUUCAGCACAAAAAUAUUCUUCCCAUCAUGUUACGGGUGAACAUGACGAAGCUGAGGAACACAGGCCUUUCCCAACAUUGUUGGAGGCGUUAAAGAAUGUUUCACAUGAUGUUGGGUUUAAUAUUGAGAUAAAAUACCCUCAAUUAAUUGUUUCUGGAGAAAAUGAAGUUGAAGGUGGAUAUAUUGAACGCAACGAAUUUCUGGACAUUAUCCUCUCUGAAAUUUUAAACAAUGCGGACAAUAAUAGACAUAUAGUUUUUUCGUCGUUUGAUGCUGAUAUGUGCAAAAUGAUUUCUGAAAAGCAAAAGAAAUAUCCAGUGCUAUUUUUAUGCCUUGGCAAGCAAACACGUUACCCUGAUUAUGAAGAUGAAAGGACACGUUCAUCCCUGACCGCUGUGAAAUUUACUUAUUCUUGUGGGCUUAUGGGCGUCAACUUCCACAGCGAAGAUCUUCUACUCGACCCAACACCAGUUUCUAAAGCUAAAGAGCUUGGACUAAUCUCCUUCGUUUGGGGAGAUGAAUUGGUUGAGAGGAAAUAUUUGGACUAUUUUAAAUACAAAGUUGGGGUUGAAGGAAUUAUUUAUGAUCGUAUUGGGGAAGGAGAAUCAAGAAAAAAUGUUUUUACGUUAGAAAAGGCAAUGAGAGCCCAACUUUUUUCUUCCAAAAAAUCUUCCUUUGGAAAGAAGAGUUCGUCCCCUCCAAGAUGUUUUUCACAUAACCAAUUAAAUAGUCAAGCAAUUUCUUCUUUUGGUCCUGGGAAUAGAACAAGAGGAAUGAGUGCUUCUGUUUGGUCAAAUGAAUUUGUUGAUCAGAACUUUGGCCGUAGCAGCAUCGAUGGAAGCCCUGCAAUGUUUUCUAUAGGCGAAACAGACAUCGAACAACAACAACAAAUCCAACAACAAGACCCCCAACAACAUUUUCCAAUCAUUCGCCGUCACAAUUCUUCCCAAGCCCAAGGAACUUUUGGUUUCUUGCCAGUCCUUCCCGAAGCUUUAUUGAAAACACAAAAUGGGGGCAAUAUAAGCAACAAUACAAGUAUAAGCAGCAAUAACAGCAGUACAACAAUAAGUAGUGAAUCAAAUGAAACAUUUAAUAAUAAUGAUAUUGAAAUGGUUACAAUGAGUAAUAAUAAUAAUAAUAAGAGAUUUGUGGCUAGUGAAAUUCGAAGGAAAAAAUUUUUUCUAAGAAGGUGCAAAAAUUAA